AUGACCAGGGGCAACCGGGGCGCAGUUCGGCCCGCCGUAUAUAAGCCAGCUCAUCGCUAUGGCUCGUCGCAUUCCUUCUUUGACCGCCGCCAAGUGAACACGCUCAUGAUGAAGGCAGCUCUACUCAUAGUCGUUGUGGCCAUCGUAAGUGGUACAUUGGCGCGACCACAGAAUCAGCAAUACUCGUACGACUACGAUGACGCGAAAUACGACUUCAGCUGGAACGUAGACUCGGUAGACUAUAACAAAAACCUGGUUCAGUACGGCCAGAGGGAGCAGAGGGAUGGUGCUUACACCAAAGGGGAAUACUACGUCCUACUCCCCGAUACCCGCCUUAUGAAAGUUGAAUAUUACGCUGACGCCACAGGCUUCCACCCCACUUAUACCUUUGAGGGCACUGCCGUGUAUCCAGAUACUCCUGGCUACCAAGGAAGGUAGUAAAAUGUUAUAUUUUUGGCUAUUUAAGCGUUGUUGUUAACUAGCAAUAGGUGAAGAAAUUUCUGUUAUUUUUUAGCGAAAGUAAAAUCCAGACACCCCUGGCUACCAAGGAAGGUAGUAAAAUAUUAUAUUUUUGGUUAUUUAGCGUUGUUGUUAAUUAGCAAAAGGUGAAGAAAUUUCUGUUAUUUUUUAGCGAAAGUAAAAUCCAGACACCCCUGGCUACCAAGGAAGGUAGUGGAAUAUUAUAUUUUUGCUUAUUUAGCGUUUUGUUAACUAGCAAAAGGUGAAAAAAUUUCUAUUAUUUUUUAACGAAAGUAUAUUUGAUAGAAGUGCAACGAGCUUCUGCCAGAAAAUGCCUACGAACUUGAAGAUGCAAUUUGGUAUACGGCAAAAUGCUUAGUGGUUCCAGAUUAAAAAGACUUGGAUUAGAUUUCUAAGAAAACAAUUGAAUAAAGCCUAUGAAUUAUUAAUUUUUCAAAGAUAAAGCUUCAAUUGGAUUGCGCACUAAACAGCAAUUACUUAUUUAAUUUUAUCAAUUGAAAAUCUUUAAACGUAAUAUAAGUUGUUCUAUAAAGUUAAAAAAGAGAAAAGAAACAGAGUAAACACAUCCAAUCGACGUCGAACUAAAAUUUUUGUGUUCGUCGAGGAAAUUUUUUAAAUUUGAUAGCGAUACGACUAUUUUUGAAACGAUAACAAUCAACACGAUAACGAUAACAUCAAUAUCUAGGGGAAGGUAGCUACAAACUUCGCGUUAUUUGUGUUAUCGAAAAUGUGAUUAUUAAAAUAUCUAAUCAGCAUAACUUUAAGUCAUUACAGAAGUACAAAACACUGCACAUGAAAAAAUAAUACCGCAUGCAUCAAAUAUGCCCAUAUGUUCUAUAAAUAUGCCAAAAUAAACAAUGAGUCCAAAAUAAAAUAAUGAUGAAGAACAUAAACCUAGUAACCCUAUGAACUGUGGUUCGAUAAAUUCAUGCCCACAUGAACUAAUGUCCAGAUGGAUCCGUGGCCAAAUGGACUAGUGCCCCAUGAUGGAUCAAAUUGUUUGCCGAAAAAUUCCAUAUGUACGCAAAUAUAGCCGCUGUUAGGGUAGCCUAUAAAAUGACCAAGCUCUUGAAUAAAUUUAUGUGCCCUGAGAGAACCCGGAUGAAAGAUUCAAUUAUUUAAUUAAAUAUAAACAAUUAAAUAAGAUAAGUAAAUUAUUUAUCUAAAUCAACAGGGGUAAAAUUUUCUCACGGUGAUUAUGUAGAUCUCUUUUUAUACACUGACCGUUCAGGUAUUUUAGAAACCAUGUUAAUUGCUUGCAGUUAAACGCAAAUCAGGACCACCCUUGACAGGCAGGUUCUCAUGAUAAAUUUGUAAUUCAUCGGCUGCUUUAAAAUACCUUAUAAAAGUCCACUUUAACGAUUAGUUAAGGAAUAAUUUCUCAGUCAUCUCAGGAACUAUUACACUUUACAGCGCAAAUUGAACCCUACUUGAAGGUUAAAUUUAAUUUUUAUAUUCAAGACCGCUUUCGCCCGUUUUUAUUUUAAUACGGCUAACGGUCGUACUGUUGUUUUUACUAUAGUCAUCCCUGUUAGCUGGCUUGUUUUGUUGAUGUUACUUCUUGUUAUUAUUUUUUAAAAGUUAACCAGCAAUGUUAAAUUACAUUGUGUACGGAUCAAAUAGUAAAAAUGUCUUUUGAA